AUGGCAGCUUCGGAGAAGGAUGUCACUCCAAAUGACGAGGAAGUGCACAGCGCCGGCUCAUACAUUUCACGAACUGGGCCGCAAAAAGUCAAUUUUUACCGGUCGACAUUCUUCAAUGCCUUUAUCCUCGGUCUGUGCAAUUUCCUUGCUCCCGGCAUUUGGGGUGCCAUGAACUCCCUUGGUGGUGGAGGAGAAGAAAAGCCCUAUCUCGUGAACGCAGCAAACGCCUUGACUUUCGGGCUCAUGGUGGUGUCCUGCUUCUUGAGCAGUGUCAUUGUGCGCUUUAUUGGAAUUAAAUGGACCCUCAUUGUAGGGACAAUGGGAUACGCACCCUACGCAGCAGGACUAUACACGAACAACCGAUUCGGCAACGAAUGGCUUGUCCUCCUGGGUGCUGCGCUUUGUGGUAUCUCUGCAGGAAUCUUUUGGAUGGCUGAAGCGGCCAUUGCACUGUCAUACCCUGAGCCUUACAAUCAAGGCCGGUUCCUAGGAUUCUGGUUAGGCUUCCGCGUUGGAGGACAGAUCCUCGGUGGCGCCAUCAACCUCGGCAUCAAUGCAGACCGGUCUACGUCAGGCUCCGUGUCCUAUACCGUCUAUAUCAUCUUUAUUGCUUUACAAGCACUGGGUCCUUUUGCGGGCCUGCUUCUGAGCAGUCCGUCGAAAGUCCAGCGAAAGGAUGGAAUCCCGGUCCGUUUGGAAGUCAACAACAGCAUUGGAUACGAGCUGAAGGCCACAGCGAAGCUUUGGGUCAGCCGAAAAUUCCUACUCAUCAUUCCGUUCAUAUGUCAAGCUGUAUACACCGAGGCUGUAAUGUUCUCAUACGAGGGCUUGUGGUUCUCGGUGCGAGCGAGAGCGCUUGGAUCGUUCCUUUCUGGUGUCAUCGCUCUGAUCAUUGGAAAUGUCCUGGGAGCCUUCCUUGAUUCCAAGCGGAUCUCCCUGGAGAAGAGAGCCCGUUAUGCAUUCUUCUUUGUUGUAGCAUGGCAAGGCAUGUGUUGGAUCUGGGCGACAGUGGUUACAACCGAGUUCCACAAGACCAACCCAGCAUAUGACUGGGCUUCCCCAGGUUUCGGAAGAGCCUUUGUGCUCUUCCUGUUCUGGGUUGCUGGAUUCCAACUCAACUAUAUGUAUUUGUUCUUCUUGGUGGGAAAUCUCGCGGAGGAUCAGGAAGAGGUUGUACGAAUCGCGGGCUUGCUGCGUGGAACCGAGUCAGCUGCUCAAUGUGUCAGUUACGGUCUGAGCAGUGUGAACAUCAUGGCGGCCGUGGGUAGCAUCUACCUAAAUUUCGGUUUGUGGGCCAUCGCGAUUCUGCCUGCUUGGCUGGUCGUCAAACAGAUAGGUGGAGUUUUCGGAGACAAAAAGGUCGAAAGAGAAACUCGCGGGCUGAGGGACGCUUCAGACCACGAGUGA